AUUUCCCGCGAGUUGGUAACUCGCCACGCCAUUGGCUUUGAGGAACGUAUCGAUAUUUCCGGUCAUAGUGACCAUCGCGCAUGUUGCUGCCGUCCACGACCCGAUGUUUCUUUUUCAAUAAAAGGUGCACGGUGUAGCUAUCAAAAUGUUGAUGCCAAAAAAGAAUCGUGUAGCUAUCUACGAGUACCUCUUCAAGGAGGGAGUCAUGGUAGCCAAAAAGGACUAUCACGCCUCGAAGCAUCCGGAGUUGGAGAGUAUUCCCAAUCUCCAAGUCAUCAAAGCAAUGCAGUCUUUGAAAUCCAGGGGGUACGUGAAGGAGCAGUUCGCCUGGAGGCACUUCUACUGGUACCUCACGAACGACGGUAUCGAGUAUCUGCGCGGAUACUUGCACCUGCCGCCCGAGAUCGUACCCUCCACGCUGAAGAAACAACCGAGGUCGGAGACCACGAGACCAAGACCCGCGGCAACUAGGAGCGAGGGCUCGAGGCCGACGGAGGAUCGCGCGGGAUACAGACGGGGUCCGGGCGGUCCUCCGGGUGCUGGUGACAAAAAGGCCGACGUUGGCGCGGGUACCGGUGAUCUCGAGUUCCGCGGUGGUUUCGGCCGUGGGAAGGCUCUUCAAUAACACCUUUUUCUAUUUAUAAUGUAAACUAAAUAAAACACUCGUCACAGGUAAA